AUGUCAUCAAUUAUUAUUGCAGGUCUCGGAAUGAGAUCAGUCAUCAAAGUUGAAGGUCCAAACGUUUCUCUUCAAACUCUUUUAAAGGAUUUUUGCGAAAAGAAUAAAAUCAAUCCCGAACAAUAUGGUUUAUUACAUAAAAAGAAGGAUCUUGAUCUAUCACUGCCAUUCCGUUUGAGUGGAGUUUCCAACAAUGCAACAAUAGAAGUAAUCAAGAAAGCAACAUCAUCAACUGUAAAAUCAGCAGCAACUUUGGGACUUCAAUUACCAGAUGGUCAAAGACUGAAAUCAAUGUAUCCUAUUGAUAUUUCAUUGUGGAUUGCUUUAAAGAGAUUUGAAAAGAAGGAAAAUGUUAAUCUCACUCUUGUUGAAGAUAAAUCAGGCAAAUAUAGCAUUCCUUCACUGAUCUAUAUGAAUCAAGAAUUUAAAACUUUGGAAGAUUUAAAGAAGACUAAAUUAUCUGAUAUUGGUUUGAGAGAUAAUUCAACAGCCUUGUUACGUUUAAAUUUUGUUUCAACAGAUAAAACAAUUGAAGAACUUAGGGAUGAAAUUGAGGAAACCGAUGAUUUUGUACCAAAGAAGAAAACUUUGAAAGAUGCAAAUUUAAUUCCAGCUUCAAUUAUCAAUGUAGGAUUAGAUAGAAAGAAUCCAAAGAGUGAAUCAUUUGAAUCUCCAAAAUUGAAAACAGAUCUUUUGUCACAAGUCACAGAUAUUGAACUAGUUAGUGUUCCAAAGAAUGAAAAUGUUCCAACUCCAACCCCAACCACAACUAAAAGUGCUAAGACCUCUUCGUACGAUGGUGGUUCAGCUUCUCACCAAAUCAAAAAGACAAAACUUGAUGCUACUUUUACUAUUGAAGCAUUAUGUAAUGAUUGUCUUGCAAAUAUUCUUUCCUACUUGGAAUUUAAGGAUCUUUUUUCUUGCUUACUUGUCUGUAAGGAUUGGAGUGUUUUGCUAAGAUCGGAACAUGCAAUACAACACUUUUUCAUUUGUUUUAAUUUGCAACAAUUUUUCCUAGAUAAAUUUGAACAAAGAGAUGAAUGGUUUGUAAAAUUGAGAACAUGGAUUACAGGCUUGUAUCAUUGUUUUGGAUUGUCGUCCUAUUGUGAUGUUUUCAAAAAUAGAGAGUUGAUGAAAAGGCAACAAUUUCAACCUUUUAUCGACAUUAUUUCAUUUGAGUAUGCGAGUGAUAUUUGUAUGAGCUUUGAGGUUACUGUUCAUCUCGAACAAGAGGUAUCAUUGAGAUUGAAAUUUUGUCUCUCUUAUACAGAAGAUGAGUAUGUUUAUACAAAUGUUGAAUCGGGCAAUUCAAAGUUUGAUUGGAAAAAGUUUAAUAUUGAUCCAUCCAAGAAAAGUAUAAUUGUAUUCAGAUUUAAUGGGAGUGAAGAGGAAGAUACUGAUUGUACUGUAGAGGAAUAUGAAAAGAAUUCAGAGUUUUUUAUGGCAUUCUCAGAAUAUUUCCAAUUUGAGGAUUUAUUUGAAUUCUUAAAAAGGCAUCUCAAUUUUCAACCACGUAGAACUUAUAAUACAAUGUUUGAUUUUGCUGAGGAUGAAGAGGUAAAUUGUUGUGAUUAUACCUCUAAUGAAGAUCUAGAUAUUCGACAUGAAAUUUUAGAAAUGCCAAUACUAAGAGUGGCAGAAUCAUAUAGACUUGAAUGUUUGGAUGUAAUGAUUAAUGUAAUUGAGAGGACAUAUUCUUACAUGGUAUCUAAAAUGGAAACAACAGAAAUUAAGGAGAAUGAGAUUGUAAUUUCAAAUGUUGUUGGGAUUUCACAUGUUGUUAGAUUUAAUAGGAAUUACUUACGUAAUAUUCAUACUGAUUUCACACUAAAAUUCAAUGAUAAGAGUUGGACAUCUGAUUUUCAAGUGAAAGAACAUUUUUAUUAUGGACAUGAUGGAUAUGAAGGCAAUCACCUAUUUAAAUUGACCGAUUGUGAAACAGGUGAAGAAACAUUCAUUGGAGGAUAUACCUAUGGUGUAAGAGAAUUGGUAGUAUGGGAAUCUGACAGUAUUGAACAAUUGAAAUCUAUUGGACUUCCAUUCGAUAAUGUUUUGGAAUUUAUAAGUAGAGUUAUUGAUAAGUUGCUCCCUCAAUUGCCUUGUUAUGAUCCAUUUAAUGGAAAACCUACUUCUAAUCAAUCUCUAUACUUGUAUCUGAAAGGAACCUAUGAAGAAAACUAUUAA